AACUCUAGGCAGAGAGGAAAUGAACUUGAGAGAAGGGGGAACACACACAGGGCAGACAGGAGAGAAAGAGGGCAGGAGUGGAAGGCGUGCACGGCAGCACAGGGCACCGCGAUGGUGGCAGGAUGGAAGAAGUGGCCGUGAAGCAGGGCUUCCUGUACCUUCAGCAGCAGCAGACUUUUGGAAAGAAAUGGCGCCGUUUCGGAGCUGUGCUGUAUGGACAGUCGGGCUAUGCCUUGGCUCGCCUGGAGCUCCAGGAAGGCUCAGAGAAGCUGCGCCGGGGAGAAGCUGCCCGGAGGGUGAUCCGCCUCGCUGACUGUCUGCGGGUGGCUGAGGCCGGCGGGGAGGCCAGCAGCCCCCGGGACACCAGCGCCUUCUUCUUGGAGACCAAGGAGCGCCAGUACCUGCUGGCAGCCCCCAUUGCUGAGUGUGGCGACUGGAUGCAGGCCAUCUGCCUCCUAGCCUUCCCUGAUCGGAGGAAGGUGCUAUCGGGGUCAGAGGGGAGGGGCAGCCAGCCCUGCAUGGAGGAAAAUGAACUGUACAGCAGCACAACCACAGUGGCCCCCUGCAAGGAGUUUGCUGUGACCGUGAGACCCACAGAAGCCAGUGAGAGGUGCCGGCUCAGGGGACCCUACACCCUCCGGACAGGAAAGAGUGCCCUAGAGCUGUGGGGUGGCCCUGAGCCACGUGCCCAGCUGUACUACUGGCCCUACAGGUUCCUGCGACGCUUUGGGCGCGACAAGGUAACCUUUUCCUUUGAGGCAGGCCGGCGCUGCAUCUCAGGAGAGGGCAACUUUGAAUUUGAAACCCGGCAAGGCAAUGAAAUCUUUUUGGCCCUGGAAGAGGCCAUCUCUGCCCAGAAGAACUCGGCCCCUCCUGGGCCCCAAACCCAGCCAGUGACAGUCCCCACAGUGCUGCCCCGGCCAGAGAGCCCCUACUCCCGGCCCCAUGACUCACUGCCACCACCUUCGCCCACUGCCCCGGUGCCCACUCCCCGGGCAAGGGGCCCCGAGGGGGAAUACGCGGUGCCUUUCGAUGCGGUGGCCCGGAACCUGGGGAAGAGCUUGAGGGCCAUCCUGGCAGUUCCUCCUCAACCCUCAGGCGACCCUCUGUAUGACAGCAUUGAGGAGCACCCACCCUCCAGGCCCUACCACAUAUAUGAUGAGCCUGAGGGAGUGGCCGUCCUGUCCCUGUAUGACAGCCCCCAAGAGCCCCAGAGUGAGGCCUGGAGGAGGCAGGCCACAGAUGACCGGGACCCCAGUGGCCUCCAGCACAUCUAUGCAAUGGGGCAGGACUUCUCUGCCUCUGGCUGGCCACAGGGAACCGAGUAUGACAAUGUUGUACUUAAGAAAGGCCCAAAGUGAUGGGGGGCAGAGGUGAUGUGGACCGCCAUCGAAUGCCAGCGCUGAGGUGGGCCUGUGCACAGCUGGAAGGGUUGGAGGCCGGUGAGAAGGAACGGGAGGGGGAAGGCAGGCCUCCCUUCUAGUUUCUGCUGGUGAUGCCUCCUGCUCACUGCACCCCAGGAACGUUGCUCUGCUCCUUCUGGAACCUUAGGCUUGGCCUGCCUCAGUCUGGCUGGAGGAAUUGUCCCACCAGGGGCAUGCUGCGUGAGUCAUCACCCGAAAGCAGGAAGAGUGGCCCCCCGAAGAGGCCCCCCUCCUCCUACUCCUUUCCCACUUCCUCUUCUUUCUUUCCCCGCCCCCUGAAGGGAACCUCAGGCAUUUAGGGCAGAGGACAAAAGGAUGUCAGCAAAUCAUCCCGGCUUCCUUGGCUUGUGCAGGCCUCCUGCCUACUGAUGUCCCCUUGCGGGGACAGUCCUAGCUCCAGGCACUCAGCAAGGUGGCUACAGCUUUGUGCAGGUUUUGGACUUCUCUGUGGCAUUAAACAUUUC